UUAGGUCCCAAGAGUAUAAAAAGCAGGGUAUCUACUUUCACGACUGAUGAAUACUUCAAGUGACAAAAAGGAACGUAAAUCACAAUUUGAAAAACAGUUUACAAAUGUACCAGGAGCUACAGAUUCAAGAAUAUUGCUAAUCUAUCAAAGAUGGCUUGGUUUCUUGUGCUGUCGCUGCUAGUUUUGAAUGCUGUGAAUGUACACAGUGCCGCAAAUAACUUUGACCAGCCCGUUAACUUCAACUGUCCAAAGAAAUCACAGUCUAUCAAUCACAUUCACAGUCAGCACGACAACUACCGCGAAGAUCGUCUAUUUACCUACGAGUGCAAAGAAAUUCCAACCGUUUCUUCGGACCUUCGAGCAACCUGUUAUAAAACAGGUUAUGUAAAUGCUUACGACGAAGAGGUACUAUUUAAGUGCGAACCUAACUACUACAUAAAUGGUAUACACAGCGUGCACAACAACUACCACGAAGACAGGAUUUGGGCAUUUACAUGCUGUCAUAUUCCAGACUUUCAGAUGCAUGGAUGCAAGUAUAGUGGAUGGACAAACGAUUACGACCACUUAGAAAACUUCUACGUGGAACAUGGCCAUGUUUUGGCAGGCGUCAUUUCUAGACAUAACAACUACCACGAGGAUAGGAUUUUUCAGUACGAAAUAUGCCAAGUAGCUCGUGAAUGUGUUGAUGUGUUCGAUUGAUUUUGUGACGGACAUUAUAAAAAAGAUCUGAGUUGCAAUGAGUUUGUUUUAUUUCAUUUCCUUUAAUACGAUUUUUUUCUCAUAUUUCGCGGGGUUAGGCUUUAAAAAUUCAUUGUUUUAUGAAUGCUGAUCGAAAUAUAUUUUAAUCAUAUUACAACGAUUUUUCACUGCGAUGUUUCCAUGUAUAUUUUCUCGGGCGUAUCGGUUAUUUCAUGUAUCUGUCUGUUAUCUUCUUUUAUAGAUAUGUGAUGACAUUUCAAACACGUAUCAUUUUUUAGCAGUUGGUCCUCUUUAAGGUGACACUAUUGUGAUCUAUGUACCUGAGUUCAAAGUAAAAGUAAAGAAAAUAAAGUUUGAAGUGCAUGCUGCAGUGGAAAUCAGACUAUUUGGGACAAAAAAUAAACUUGUAACAACUACCAAAAAGGUAAAAUUUCCACAAUUGAACAUGCAAAAAAAAGUGUCGACUUUAAUGAAUGUUUUGGUGUAAUUUUGUAAAAUAAAACCCAACAUUACUGUA